GUACCGUGCAACUGUCUGCACAUUUCGGCAGGACAAGCUUCCCUGUCGCUCCACGACUUCGCGUAACAGAACUACGUCCAUCACGAGUACGAAAUAGAUUACGAGCUUGCCCAGGGCUAGCCCAUCGAACAACAAGGGGAUUGCCUUUCUGGGAACUAGUGGCCGUAAACUAGCGCCCAUCACCAAGCGUGGCGUUGACGUCGCGAAACUGUGCGCCCGCCGCCCGCCAGGAGCCUCCACGUCGCUCGAAACGUCGAGCUCGGGACUGUUGCUGGACGGCGUCCCAGCAUCGGCAUCUGAAACCGCUUGGGGUCGCUUGGCCGAGUCCCAGCAGGCGUGUGACGCAGAUCAGUUCGUGGUAAGCGCGCCCGCAAACACCGUCCAUGUAUCGCUUCGCUAGUGAUACAGGACGACUCUGAUCUCUGAUGUAAACUUAUAUAGCCGCCCCGGGGACUCAAUUCAGAAUUCAGAUCUCGCGCUGAGGUAUAAGACAGAGGCCCCCUCCCAACACGAUUCCGCACCGAGACUCAUUUCUCUGCCACUCCUUUACCUGUCUUUAUCUACCACUUUUGUACAGAAUCGAUCCCGGACAGUAGCUAGCUAUGCAGUCCAUCUCCACCCAGCUCACCCAGCUCUUGAAUAUUCAGAGCCCCAUCCUUUGCGCGCCCAUGGCGUUCGCUUCCACCGCCGACCUUGCUGCAGCCGUGACUGGCAAGGGUGGAUACGGCCUCAUCGGAGCUGGCUUCGAUACUUCCGAGCAACUCAAAGCGUCUCUGCGCUCUACGCGCAAGACCCUGAAGAUCGCUGAGGAUGCGCCACUUCCGAUUGGUGUUGGCCUCCUCGGCUGGAUCCUCGACAUGACAGAAGCCUCGGAAGACCCUCGUAUCCCUGCGGUCCUCGAAGAGAAGAUCACCGCCAUUUGGUUCGCUUUCGGCAACGACCUCGAGAAGCACGUCAACACCGUGCGCGAGUUCGACGCCAAGCGCGAGCACAAGACUAAGAUUUUCGUAUGCUGCAACUCCGUCGAUGAGGCCAUCCGCGCUGCAAACGUGUGGAAGGUCGACGUCAUCGUCGCUCAAGGUGUUGAAGCUGGUGGUCAUGGAAGCUCUCACUCUCCUCCGCUCCUUAACUUUAUCCCUGCUGUCAAAGCUGCCCUCCCCAACGGCCCGCCUGUUGUCGCCGCUGGUGGUAUCGCCACUGGUUCGCAGGUCGCCAGCUUGCUGACCAUGGGUGCCGAUGGCGUCGUCCUCGGCACGCGCUUUCUCUUCACCCCCGAAUGCCAGUACACCGACCAGAUGAAGAAGAUCCUCGUCGAGUCUAGCUGGGAAAGCACCGAGCGCAGCAAUGCGUACGAUCAGGCCUUCCAGACCGACUUCUGGCCGUCCCACGUUGACGGCCGUGCCAUCUCGACGAACGACGUCAUGAAGGACUACAAGGCCGGUCUGCCCCUUGAGGAGCGUAUCAACCGCUACAAGGAGGCGACCACUGCUGGCCAGGACUCUCAUCUCAUCAUGUGGGCUGGUGUUGGUGUCGCACAAACCAACGAUAUCCGUCCUGCUGCGGAGGUCUUCGAGGAGAUCCACACUGACGCUGUCAAGAAGCUGCAAGAGGUCUCGGUCUUGCUGAAGUGAGGGUUGGCUUGACUAAUUUAAACGGGUAUAAGUUAAACGGAAUUUGUUGUAUCAAAAGUGUAUCAGACAGGUCAAGGAACUCCUAUACCCCCUCUGGCUCUUAUCCUCCCCCUGGUUCUUCUCUCCCUGGUUCUUAUCCCCCUCCUGAAUCUUCUCUUCCUGGUCCAUAUCCUCCUCCUUCCCGUGUUGCUUCGCGCACAUCAACUUCGAGCUCGCGGCGGCGGCUGCAGCGCACCAACCUCUUCUCUGUGUGCCAGAUAUUCUGAAGUUUCUUUUCGGGACUUCUUCGAAAAGUCGGACACUGUCUGGCACUGGGGGGCGCGCUGCUAGAUCCUUACCCUACGGGCCUCUGUAAUAUUCUUGUAGAUACUAAUCUUUUCGGUAUAUAUAUAUAUAUAUAUAUAUAACGGACACU